UUUUUUUAACAUCAGGAACCAACCAAUGCAUUUUUGGUUUUAUUAUUGAAUUGAAACGCAUAUUAUUUGAAUAUUUAAGGAAUAUUAACUAUAUAUUUUUUUAAUUUAGUAUACAAAUGAAGUAAUCUAUAUGUAAAUAUAUAGUAUUUUAUGGAAUUUUGAUAAUGGACUCGUUAAAGACAGUUUCUUUGGCUUUUUUCUAUGGCUUGUGGGAUAGUAUUAAGGGUAUGACAUUAGUUUUUUACAUAGACGCUGAAAUCCAUAGACAAAAUGCUGAAAAAGAGUCUGAACGUCAACAACGCAUAUUAGUUUGUGAACGCCUGACACGGCGUAGCCCUUCGCCAGUACCAUCUUCUGCAUCGGCUAUGUUCGAAGAAGAACUACAACGUGAACGUGCUAUGCUCAAAGAAAAUCCAGACGAACGUAGUUUGGAUAGUUUAAGAAAAAAACAAAAACCUUCAGAACCGGCAAUACCUUUCAAAGAAAAGAAAAUUGCCAAACAGGUUCUUAAAUGCUGCGCUCUUAAUGGUGGCUUCACAUGGAUGAGCAUAAUCCUUUUUGAGCAGAUUCUUUUACCAACACUUAAAUUCAUCUUAACUUUGUGCUACGGUGAUAAAUCUCAAGACUUGCACAUGAUAUGGGGUUGGCUGCAAUCCAUACUUUCCAUAAUUUUCGGCAUGAUGUGGGUUUUGCCGAUUUUUCUUUUAAGCAAAAUCGUCAGUUCGUUGUGGUUUGCUGAUAUCGCCAAUGAAGCGUAUAAAGUGCGCAAAGGCAAACCAAGUUUAAUACCAAGUAUCAGUAAGUUGGUGGCGGAUUUUCUUUUUAAUUUGGUAGUACAGGCUCUCUUUCUGGUGCAGAGCAUGCUUGUUAAUCUGUUACCGUUUCCAUACGUUGGCGAAAUCUUGUGUUUCAUACAUCUAUGUUUGCUAUAUUCCCUGUAUUCUUUCGAAUAUAAGUGGUUUAAUAUGGGCUGGGAGUUGCAUAGACGUCUCAGCUAUAUAGAGAUUAAUUGGCCAUAUUUUAUGGGUUUUGGAGUGCCGUUGACGGUGCUGACAAACAUGUCCAGUUCGGUAAUUGUAAGCAGCUGUAUAUUUUCGAUAUUUUUUCCACUCUUCAUAUUGAGUGGUAAUGAGGCGAAACCCAUUAUUGGAACGACUGAUACUCCCUUACGUUUAUUCUCACCUACUAUAUUUGUAUCAAAUCUUAUGUUUGGUGGACGUAGAGCUGAAAUAACUGCCAAUAAAACUGCACAACAUAAACAACACAAUCAUCAACACCAGCAUCAUCAGCAACAGCAACUACUCAUGAAACAGGAAAAUCAGCAACGUCGCCGUAGUUCAGCUAUGGACAAUUCUCCGUCGCCAUCACCAUCACAAGCCCAAUUUCGUUAUCCUCAGCCACCUCAGAGGAUAAGUCCGGCUCGAUUAACACCGGAACGACAAUUUCGUUCUGAUUUUAGUCGUACUCAAAUACGUUACAAUGAAGGUACUCGAACAUUAAUACCUACACCCGUUCCGGGGGCACCGGUUUCACCUGCAACCGCUCAAGCAAAGUCUACAAAUCAACGAAGGUAGUUUGACAUUAGCCGCGAUUGUGGUAUUAGCUUUGGUAAUAUAUGGAUAAUAUCUAGUGAGAGAGACAAUUUCCAAAAGAUACUGAUUUAUACAGACAUACACAUAAAAGAGAAUGCUGUGUUAUAGUUAUUUUAAAAUAUUACUUUGUGUUUAAUAUUUAAGUAUAUAACGUUUUUUAUGAUUUUUUAGCUUUAUUAUAUUUUUUUUUUUUAUUUGCAUAAACUGAAAUGUGUUUUAUUUUAGAUUUUACAGUUAUACAACAUGUUUGAAGUUUCAAAGUGCUAAUAUACACUUAAUUUUCAAGCCGAAUAUUAGAAAAUUUCCCUUCCAAUGGAAUAUUUUGAAUAAAAUUUUUUAAACGUG